AUGUUAUUCAAAGGGGACAGGUGGGCUAUCUCAAAAGAAAGGAGCAGAAGAGACUAUGAAAUUGGAGGCCUGGAACUCUGGAAUAUGGCAACCAGAUCCAAUGCCCAGAAAGCAUGGAUAUACGAACAAUACCUCAGAGAAAAAGACGACCAGAACUGCCCUCCACAUAUGGAAGUCUGGAAGUCGGAAAAAGAAAACUCACUAUCAAGGAUUCACAUCAAAUGCUGGAAAGCCUGGAAGUUGUUGCACCACCCAAGAGAGCGAAUAACUCUCAAACUAAACCAAGUCAAACCCAAAUACGAAAACAAACAAAAAUUAAAAGUAAUCUAUAGAAACAUGAUGGAUAUCAAAUACAAGGGAUGGAACAAACACCAGCCAACAACAGGUCAAAAACUGAUUCAAAAGAACAUUAAUCACCCAAUUCUACCAUUCAGAGAAGCCAGAUCAAUCACAACUAUCAAAGGAAGAGACUUAGCAUGGAGAUAUCUACUCAAGGCACUUCCAAAACACCAUGGGGAGAAUUGCCACUCAUGUAAAGAAGAAGAAUCGUCUAUGCACAUCUUCUUCGAAUGCAAAUCAAUAAAACAGAAUAUCGACUCAAUCUAUCAAAAGGUCUGUAAAGACUCCAACAACACUUACCACGGUCCAUGGAGCGAAAAAGUUCUCGGAAAACUACUCACACCAUUCUCAUCAAAUCUGAUAGGAGCCAUUAUGGAAUCGAUAUGGUACAGAAGAAAUCAAAUAAAAUUCAACGAUAACACUACAAUAAUAACAGAGACCCAAAUAAUUCAUAAAAUCAAAAAAGCGAGAGAUGCCGAAUGGGAUAGAACAAGAAAGAUAGUAGAAAAACAACUACGUCAAGAACUAAGAUGCACUGAUAACCGAGAGUCAAUCAAUCGGACCGCAUCAAUAAAAAGAAGACUCGAAAAAUUCAGCCACAACUGGAACUCGAAACUCAUGCCCAUAAACAUCCCGGAACACUUCAUACCAUACUGCUCAUAUAACACCAACUACUCAUAA